GCCCGUGCUCCCCGUGAUGACGUCAACUGAACUGACGCGUUUAUUGAGCGUCGAGUCUUCAGAGCUGAGUUCAGCUGUAAAUACUGGAGUUUUUCCAUCAGUCUACAAGUGAAGACGAGCAUCAGACCAUUAGGAAGAAGAUGAGUGAUUCAGAACCCUGCAGAAUUAAACAGGAAGAGACCGAAGAACUAAUAGAUGUGAAGGAGGAGAGUGAAGAUGAGGAGAAACAUCAGGUCAAAAGUGGAGAAGGAACUCAAUCAGAGCCUGAACAGUUACCUUCUCUGCAAACAAACACCAACCACAACCUGAUGGUGAAAAAAGAGGAAAGUGAAGAACUGAGUGUAGACAAGAAGGUCCGUCGUAGUGUUCAUACAGAAGUCAGGCCAAAUUCAUGCACUUUGUGUGGAAAGACUUACAAACGGCUGUCACAUUUAAAACAACACCAGAGGACUCACACUGGAGAGAGACCGUACACAUGUGAUCAAUGUGGGAAGAGUUUCAGUCUACCAUCAACCCUUAAUCACCACAUGAAGAUCCACACUGGAGAGAAAACACACAAAUGUGAUCACUGCGGCAAAACAUUUUUGAGGUCUACAGAGCUGAGGAGACAUCUUACAGUUCAUACAAACGAGAAGCCUUAUUCAUGCUCUGAGUGUGGAAAGAGUGUAAGUCGUCUGUCAAUUUUAAAAGAACAUCAGAAGAUCCACGCUGGUGUUAAAGAGCAUAUUUGCUUUGAGUGUGGGAAGAGUUUUAUUAAUGCUCAAGUACUGCAAAUACACCAGAGGAUCCACACCGGAGAGAAACCGUACAAGUGUUCACUCUGCGGCAAGACAUUCAACCAGUUACAAAACCUGAAACAACACCAGAGGAUCCACACUGGAGAGAAACCUUACAAGUGUUCACACUGCGACAAGACAUUCAAUCAGUUACAAAACCUGAAAUCACAUCAGAGGACUCACAGUGGAGAGAGACCUUACAAGUGUUCACACUGCGACAAGACAUUCAGUAAGUUACAAAACCUGAAAUCACAUCAGAGUAUUCACACUGGAGAAAAACCGUACAAGUGUUCACACUGCGACAAGACAUUCAGUCAGUUACACGCUUUUAAAUCACAUAAGAUGAUCCACACUGGAGAGAAACCGUACAAGUGUUCACACUGCAGCAAGGCAUUCAAUCGGUUACACACUCUGAAAUCACAUAAGAGGAUUCACACUGGAGAGAAACCGUACACAUGUACUACGUGUGGAAAGAGUUUCAAACAAUCAUCACAUUUUCAUCAACACAUGAGGAUCCACACUAGAGUGAAAACAGUUCCAGCCAGUUCCGAUUACAGUUCGAAAUAGAUGAGGACAGUUAAUGGUGAACGGGGAAAUUCUCAAAAUUAGAAAAAUACUCCUCUGUUAUACCACAAAAUCAAGUUUUAAGACUAUUUGCAGACGAGAAUAUAUUUGAAAAAUUCUGUGCAUAUGUCAGUCUUGCCAUAAAAAAAAAAUACGUUUUUACCAAAAUACGGAAAUCGUUUCUUGUUUUUUUUUUUGUGUAGCAAGUAUUUGACAGUACUUUAGAAACACUCAAAUUCAUCUGUUAGUGUUUUCAAACUAUUCUAUUUGCUUUACCAACGUCACACAAGUGGCAAUUUCACAUUCGUCACAUCCGUAACGACACUUUUUCACCAUAAGUGUGAAAAUAUUAAAUUAAAUAAAACCAAUAAUUUUUGUUCUAUA